CCUCCCUCUUUCUUUCGCUCUCCAGAAUCUCAAUCCCAGGCUUCCGAGCACUUUUUACGACACUGAGUCUGAGUUGGUCUCGGCUCCGGGUCCACUUUUCGGCAAAGUGACGUGGACGUCAACAGCAAUGGCGGAAGGAGAAGAGGUCCUGCCACUGCCACAGUCUAGCGACGGCCACUGGGAAAAAGAUCUUGAAGAAGCUCUGGAAGCAGGAGGUUGUGAUCUUGAAACUCUGAGAAAUAUAAUUCAAGGGAGACCACUACCUGCUGAUCUGAGGACCAAAGUUUGGAAGAUUGCUCUAAAUGUUGCAGGAAAAGGAGAUAGUUUGGCAUCAUGGGAUGGUAUUUUAGACCUGCCAGAACAGAACACUAUUCACAAAGAUUGUCUAGAGUUUAUUGGCCAGCUUUCAGUGCCAGAAGAGAAGGCAGCAGAAUUACUUUUGGAUAUUGAAUCUGUAAUUACCUUUUAUUGUAAAUCACGUAACAUUAAAUAUAGCAUGUCCCUUAGCUGGAUACAUCUACUCAAACCACUGGUGCGUCUUCAACUGCCACGCAGCGAUUUAUACAACUGUUUUUAUGCUAUCAUGAAUAAGUACAUCCCCAGGGAUUGUUCCCUGAAGGGGAGACCCUUUCAUCUUUUCCGAUUACUCAUCCAAUACCAUGAGCCUGAGCUUUGUUCAUUCCUUGAUACAAAGAAAAUUACUCCAGACUCCUAUGCACUCAACUGGCUUGGAAGCCUUUUUGCAUGUUACUGUUCCAUUGAAGUCACUGAGGCGUUAUGGGAUGGAUAUCUACAACAAGCAGAUCCAUUUUUUAUUUAUUUUUUAAUGUUAAUAAUCCUUGUUAAUGCAAAAGAAGUUAUUUUAGCACAAGAGUCUGACAGCAAAGAAGAAGUUAUCCAGUUCUUGGAAAACACUCCAUCCAGUUUGAAUCUAGAAGAUAUAGAAGACCUUUUCUCUCUGGCUCAGUAUUAUUGCAGUAAAACACCAGCUUCAUUUAGAAAGGAUAAUCACCAUCUAUUUGGUAGUACUUUGUUGGGAAUUAAGGAUGAUGAGGCAGAUCUGAGUCAGGCUCUUUGUCUGGCAAUCUCGGUCUCAGAGAUCCUUCAAGCAAAUCAGCUGCAGGGGGAAGGAGUCCGGUUCUUUGUGGUGGAUUGCCGUCCUGCAGAACAGUAUAAUGCUGGGCAUUUAUCAACUGCUUUCCACUUAGAUUCAGAUCUGAUGCUCCAGAAUCCAUCCGAGUUUGCACAGUCAGUAAAGUCCUUGCUGGAAGCACAGAAGCAGUCCAUUGAGUCUGGCUCCAUUGCUGGUGGGGAACACCUCUGUUUCAUGGGCAGUGGCAGAGAGGAAGAAGACAUGUACAUGAACAUGGUCCUGGCACACUUCUUACAGAAAAACAAAGAAUAUGUGAGCAUUGCCAGUGGAGGAUUUAUGGCAUUGCAGCAGCAUUUAGCAGAUAUUAAUGUGGAUGGACCAGAAAAUGGAUAUGGCCAUUGGAUUGCUAGUACCUCAGGCUCAAGGAGCAGUAUCAGUUCUUCUGUUGAUAAAUUUCCAGUCACCCCUACCUUCAGCAACUACCACCCUGAGCAGUCAUCAGCAUCAAAGCAAGACUACCAACAACAAGAUUACAACUCACUGAAGGCUCAGAUGAUGGGAGAAUCUUCUAAUGGCUUAAAUGAUAGAGGAAUGAAAUCACUAGUAAAUAAAAUGACUAUUGCUUUGAAGACAAAAUCCGUUAAUGUCAGGGAAAAAGUUAUCAGUUUUAUUGAGAAUACAUCAGCUCCUGUGGAUCGGCAUGUGAGCAGCAGUGACAGAGUGGGCAAGCCUUACCGUGGUGUGAAACCUGUGUUCAGCAUUGGGGAUGAAGAAGAAUACGACACAGAUGAAAUUGACAGUUCUUCCAUGUCAGAUGAUGAUAGAAAAGAGGUUGUAAACAUUCAGACUUGGAUAAACAAGCCAGACAUCAAGCAUCAUUUUCCUUGUAAAGAAGUGAAAGAAAAUGGACACAUGUUUCCUAGUCAUCUGUUGGUUACUGCAACACAUAUGUACUGUUUAAGGGAGAUUCUUUCACGGAAAGGAUUGGCUUAUAUACAGUCUCGACAAGCACUAAAUUCUGUGGUUAAAAUUACAUCCAAAAAGAAACACCCUGACCUAAUUACCUUCAAGUAUGGAAACAGCAGUGCUUCAGGAAUAGAAAUCUUGGCAAUUGAAAGGUAUUUGAUUCCAAAUGCAGGAGAUGCUACCAAAGCCAUAAAACAACAGAUCAUGAAAGUGUUGGAUGCUUUGGAAAGUUAAUAUAAAAGAACAGUAUUUCAAAAGAAAUUAAGGCAACCAAGAGAAACAUGGACAUUUUCCUGACUGAAUACUAACUGGAGACCUUUCAUUUGCUCAUGGGGAUAUUUGAAUAGCAGUCUUAAAAGUUUAAAUUAUUAUAAUUAAUCUCUGGACAGUUAAUUUUUAAAUUUUUUUCUUUUGCAUUUUUGGCUUUGUAAAAUGAUUCAUUAUAAAAGUCAGUUAUUAAGUGACUUUGAAGUAACUAACCCUGUGCCCUUAUGAACUAAGGGAGCAGAAUGCAGUUCUGUUUUGAAGAGCUGUUUUAAGGGAACAUGCAUCACUUUUAGAUUUAAAAACAACCAUACACAUAUAUAUAUAUUUGCAAUGUCUUCACUGAAAACUAGAGAUAGAAUUAGUUGAAGAGAGCCUGUUAAUUGCUACAUUUGGUUUUACCCACUGAGCAAUAUCAGUAACUAAAAAUAUUAUAUAGCUUAAUAAUUAGCUUGCCAUUUCUGAUCUUAAAAAGAGUGUUAUCUUUUUAAUGAAAUGGAUAAAGAUUCCAGCCAACUCAGAAAUUCAGUCCAGGUAAUGAAAUGUUGAAACAUCAAUUUCCAAACAUCUUUGCACCAUUAGCUAAUAAUUUGAACACGAGUGCUUCAGAUACUAAACAUCAUCCUAACGGUUUAAAUGGAGCAGUUAAAAGCAAUAUAUAUAAGUAGGUAGGCAUGUUAAGAUUACAGGUAACAUUUUGAGGACAGAAUUGUAUCUGUAAAAAUGUCAUUGGUCUUUAUUACACAUGCAAUAUUUGAUUUAGGGUAUUUAAGACAGGUGUUGAGCACACACUGAUUUAUCCUCAGUGAGAUUAUGGUCUAUGACCACAAAUAUCCACUUAAAUAAAAGCCAAAUAAUCAGAGAGCCGUAUAAACUACAGUUGUUUUAAUCAUCACUUUCUGAAAUUUCUUUGAUUUUUGUCUUGUCUUAUUAAAAUUCCAGUGGUUUGAAACUAUUUUUAUUCUCUUAAUAUGACAAAACUGUAAAGUGAUCUACUUUAUUUCGCAGCUUCCUCAACUUAAUUUAUUGAGAGGUUCAUACUAGACAUGUUAGGUAAGAGAAAUCCAAGAACACAUUUGUGGACGUGGAAUGACUUCUUGUAAAAUCUGUUUGGGAAGUAGCAAAUCCUUAUAAUCUUCAUGUUUUAAAGUGUAAUGGAUUAUCUCUAAGGGGUUGAUAGGAGAGAUAUUUAGACAUAUCCAGUUUGCAGGUAGUAAUUUUAAUUUACUUCAUGGAAAUCAAGUGAAUAAAAGGCAGCAUAGGUCAUGGUAUUUUGAUAUUUUAUUCUAAUAUUUAAAUAAAAAGUUUACUUGAGUGGUUGAAGACAUUUGCAUGAAGUUGCUCCUGGUGCAAUAAUUAAUAUUUAUAACUCUCUCCACAACUGUUAUGUUGCAUUUUUUUCUUUUCUUGGCACCCCCUUUAGAAAUGUCCUGAAGUCUCAUCCCCCCCACCCCAUUUCAGUUAUAGAACUUUUUACGUAAUAUUAAUGUAAAGAUGUUUGUGUUAAUGUUUAUAAAUUACAAUUGUAAAUAAACCAAUACAGUUUAUGCAAAA